AUGUGGAAGAUCUGGAUCUGGCCGUCGAAGACAUCAGAAGCCACGCGCCUGCGUCUCUACACUUGUUAUAAGCUUCCUAUUCUGCUCUACAACUGUGGCACCUGGGCUCUAACUUAUGCAGAACUGUGCGGACUGGAAAGUUUUCAUCGACGUCAACUUCGCAAAGUCAUCGGCGUCAGCUAUCCGGAAACUAUCUCCAACGACGAUUUAUACACGCGGACGGGAGCGGAGCCACUCCGCUACCACCUACUCAAACGACGAUGGACGCUUUUCGGUGACAUUCUCCGACUUUCCAUGAAGACACCCGACAUACCAGCCUACCGCCACAUGGAAGCCUACUUCGGACCAAGUGACCAGCCCAAGUUUCGAGGUCGCCGACGUACAACACUCCCCGAAGUCCUUGACGCCGAUCUUAGAACUCUACCUGACGAUUACCGACUCCGAAGACCCGCUGAUCUUUAUCUUUUGCGCUGCCACGCGCAAGACCGGAAGGAGUGGAAGAGACUCAUUCAGUCCCUCCUAGCAUAUAUACCCCUAGACGAGAGAGAUCCGACGUAUGCGAACACUACCCUAGCAAAGAGGCUUAGCAAACUGACCCUAGAGUAA